UGUGCGACUGAAUCUCAAAAACAACAGAGUAAAUACCUCUAAGAACCGAAUUACUAUGCCAUCGCUUCGUCAAUCACUAUUCUGGCCUCUUGUUCGGCGUGUUUGAUCGUUAUCAUGCGGCAGAUGGUUAGUCCGCUAGUGGUAAGCGGCCGAGGUUUGGCAGUGAGCCCGUGAAAUUAUGACGGCAUAGUCACUCUCCGCACUUAAUCAUCACCAAAAUACAUUAUUUAAGCAACUUGUCGACUAAAGGGCGUUCAUGCCAUAUAAAACUGGUUAACAGCCCAUACAAUUCGAGUUCCUCAAGCUUUCCUUAUGAUACUAUCACAUACUAGCUUCUCAAAAUGUUUGACAACUUCCAGCCCUUCGCCAUCAAGACAAAGUCCAACCCGGCCAUCACCAUAAACGGCUUGAAAAGCGGCGAGCCAUCAUCUAAGCCCGCUCUUCUCCUCAUUCAUGGAUUUCCCCAAACACUACACAUCUGGCAUCGUGUUGCUCCUCAGGUUCUCGACAAGUACACUGUCGUACUCAUCGAUAUCCGAGGAUAUGGAAAGUCCUCCAAGCCUGAUGAUGUAGCUUCCUAUGCAAAGAGCGCCAUGGCCAGAGAUUGUAUCAAUGUUAUGGAUGCUCUAGGUCACACUGGCUCUUUCUUUGUAUGCGCUCAUGAUCGCGGUGCGAGGGUUGCGCAUAAACUUGCUGUCGAUUAUCCUGAUCGCAUUCGCAAGUUCAUACUGCUCGAUAUCUGUCCUACACUGGCGAUGUACACAAAAACAGAUUUCGACUUUGCCAAAGCAUACUUCCAUUGGUUCUUCUUGAUUCAAAAGGAGCCUCUUCCUGAGAUACUUAUCACCGCGAAGCCUAGAGAGUUAGCAGAGAUGUUCAUGGGCGGUCGUCAAGGCGAUGGAUUAUCCAUCUUUGAGCCGGAGUGCUUUGAGAUCUAUGCCAAGAAUUUGGAAGAUCCUGCAACGGUUCAUGCCAUGUGCAAUGAUUAUCGCGCGAGCGCGACAGUCGAUCUGGAAGAAGCGCGUGAGGAUCUGAAGCAUGGCCGAAAGAUUCAGAGCCCUUUGCUUGUCCUAUGGGGAGAGCAUGGAGUCAUCGAGAAGUGUUUUGAUGCUGUCAAGGAGUGGAAGGAUGUUGCUGAUCCUGGUGUACCGGUCGAAGGUCGAAGUGUUGAGUCGGGACACUAUGUUCCUGAGCAGGCGCCUGAUAUUGUUGUCUCUGCGAUUCUGGAGUUCCUCAAUUGAACACUGUAAGAAACAAGAUCGACAGUUAUAUAGAUAAGACAAUUCCAAGAAAUUGAGUACUUAUCUUCCAUUCGCGACGCGUGUCGCGAUCGAAUUCGUAGAGACAGCAGCCGUCUACAAAAAAAGCCUUUCCGAAACGCGCUUUUUUUCUCAGUGGGCCAGGCGAAAUAUUAUUUCUUUAACACCUAAUAAGAUGAGCGAAUAUUUAGAUGCCAAAGAAGCAUAAAUCAAGCGAGUUUAGCUGGAGGUGACACAAAGCUAGCGUUGAUGAUCAGACGGAGGAGCAACGCGACAUUAAGUAGCCAAUAUCUGAAGCCGUAGAGCCCCCGUGUUUCGGCAAUCCAUCUUUUGGGAAACGACGGCGUCGGGUUGGCCGAUCAGCCAAUUUGUCGUCACCAACAACGCUCAAAAACGUUAUUUCUCCUCUUAGACAAGGGACAAUAAUAUUAGGGGUAACGGUUGUAAACGCAAAUUUUGCAUUCCAGUGAUUUUC